AUGCAAAAUUACAUGAGCAGCAACACAACUGCCAUUGGUUAUCUGUCCAGGCCUUUGAAUGAGAAGAUUCUGCUUGUACAGGUACUGGUUGGGAUUUUCCUCUAUGUCAACUUUCUCAUGAUUUUCACCUUCCUGAAGAAGGAGGCCUUCAGAACAGACACGCGUUACGUGCUCUUCGCCCAGACGCUGUUCAUGGACUCCUUCCUCAUGCUGCUGACCGACUUGGCGCUCACCGGAAACUACUUCCAGUUUCCAAUCCCCUGGAUCCCCUGCUGUGCUUUGUGCUUUCUGAUGAGCUGGCUUAGCAUCGGUACCCCUCUGACGCUUGUUGCCAUGUGUCUGGAGCGCUAUGUGGCCAUCUGCAUGCCCCUACGCCACGCCGACAUUUCGAGCCCUAGGAAUCAACGCAGAGGCCUCGUGGUCAUAUGGGUGGUCAGCACGCUGAUACCGAUGUUCACGCUUGUGUCGUUCCUCUCUCUGGUGCCGCCCGCCUUUCUGCUCACAUACGUGGUGUGCAGCGUGGAACAGAUGCAGGUGCAGACCUGGGUGAACGAGGUGCGCAAAGCCCUCUUACUGAUGUACUUUGUACUCAUGUUUUCUGUCAUUGUAUUUACCUACAUUGCUAUCCUGAAGGCAGCACGGACUGCAUCUUCUGACAACAAGAAAUCCACACACAAGGGUCUGAGGACAGUGAUUUUGCACACUUUCCAGCUGCUGCUGUGUCUGACUCAGUUUGUGUGUCCCUUUGUGGAGAUGGCCAUGCUGAAGAUUGAUUUUAUGUUGUUUAUUAAUGUCAGAUACUCCAAUUUUAUUGUGUUUUUUAUUGCCCCCCGCUGUCUCAGCCCACUCAUAUAUGGCCUGAGAGAUGAGAAGUUUUAUGUUGUGCUUAGACGAUAUGCUUCUUUUGGUCUCGAUGCAGUCGUUUUCACCCUUCCAACCGCAGAAAAAAAGAAAUUAAGGUGUCAAGCCAGAACAACGCCCCUUUAG